UUCGCAAAGAGAAGAAGGAAGAAGAACCGUUGCUGUCGCCGCCGCCGUCGUGAGGGCCUUGGCUGUGGCCCAUGUUCCUGAGCACCGCCGUUGUCUCGGGGACAGUCGCUGAGGCCAGCCGGCCGGACGGCAACAUGUCGCGGCGACAUGAGCAGAAGCAGCCCCUCUGCUAGCCCCGAUGCGCCUCCCGAGCAAGAGAGAGCGGCCGCACCAGAGGAGGCAGCCGCCGAGCCGCCGGUGGGAUGGGUCAGCGAAGUGCUGCAGGACGACGUCAUUGUCGACGACGACGGCGUGGUUGUGCUAGCGCCAGGGGCCGUGGAGCAAGUGCGGACGGUCACCGUGAGCACGCUGACGCGGGUGUACGGCGCGGAGUACGAGCAGAGGGUCCUUCGAAGCGUCCGGCGACAAGAGAGGAGCGAACGCCGCCUGCAGCAGCAGCGUCGUCGUUCCCGCGAAGCCUGCGAAGAGGACGACCGCGACGCAGCAGCUCGCAGCGGCGGGGACGAGGCCCACGAAGACGAAGGCGGCUCUUCGCGCCAGUCGCUGCUGCUCUUCGUCGUGGCCACAGCCAUCCUGAUCGUCUGCAUGGUGGCGGGCUUCAUCUCCAUCGCCCUGCUCGAACAGGUCGAGCGGCGCAAAAAACGGGUGUCCAUAGAUUCUCCCGACUUUGACUGAGGCGACAUGGAGCUCUGCAGCGUCUGUGGCACGGAGAUCGUCCCAUGGAAGCCAGACGGUUCUCCGCGAAGCACCGCCCGACUUACCUGGACAAACGACACGUGCAGCCCGGGUGAUGAAAGAUGUCAUGCACACAUAGCCACCCCAUAGAAAGCGCUCCCGCUGCUGCAUCAGGUUCUUCACGCCGACAGUGCAUUAUCUAGAACUUUUCCACAGUAAUCUUUGUUUUUUACCUUCGUGUAACUGUGUCUUUACUUUCUUCUUCUCUUUUUUAUCGCAUCCUACGUAAGGUACUGUCUGGCAUUAAAACCAGUGCUGUAAGCAGGCAUCCACACAGACCACUUAUGCUUUAUUUUCCUUCCUCUCUCUCUCUCUCUCAGUUUUACAUUAAUUAAGCUAAAUUCUGGCGGUUUAUGUGGCAAAACCACGAUCUGAUUUUGAGGCACUCCGCAGCAGGGUAAGAAGAAUGGGAAGGGGGGCUG